AUGACGACCAAAAGGCAAAAGAAGGAGAGGAAACCAAUCAUUGUCAAUGCGUUUGACAUGGCGACACCAGGUUUGCAAUCACCUGGUCAAUGGAAACAUCCAAAAGACAAAUCAAGAGAUUACAAUACAAUUGAGUAUUGGGUGAACCUUGCCAAGUUGUUAGAAAAGGGUAAAUUCAAUGCAUUGUUUAUUGCUGAUGUUUUGGGUCCGUAUGAUGUUUACAAUGGACCAAGAAACCUUGCAGCAGCUGCAAAAGCAGGAGCUCAAUGGCCAAUCAAUGAACCAAGUGCCGUAAUUCCUGCAAUGGCUGCAGUGACAAAGAACUUGUCGUUUGCCGUUACUGCAAGCACUAUUAGUGAAGCCCCAUACCAUUUUGCUAGACGAUUAGCUACAUUAGAUCAUUUGACAAAGGGACGUGUAGGAUGGAAUAUUGUUUCGUCGUAUUUGGAUACUGCAAGUAGGAACUUGUUGAAUGGGGAACCCUUGCCCCCACAUGAUGAAAGAUACGAGAAGGCUGAAGAAUAUUUGGAGGUGAUUUACCAACUUUUCUUGUCAUCGUGGGCUGAUGAUGCUGUUAGAUUGGACACCAAAAAGGGGGUAUUUUCGGAUCCCGAGAGGAUUAGAGAAAUCAACUACGAGGGUAAACACUUCAAAGUGCCUGGUCCAUUCAUUAGCGAGCCAAACCCUUACCAACGAUUGCCGGUAAUCUUACAAGCUGGGGCAAGUUCGAAAGGUUUGGAAUAUGCAGCAAAAAACGCGGAAGCUGUUUUUAUCAACGGAAACACCCCCGAAGGUUUGAAAUCAAAAAUUGAUAAACUCAAUGCACUAAUCAAGAAGCAUGGACGAAACCCAGAAGAUGUCAAAAAAGUUCAGCUAGUCACUGUAAUCGUUGCACCCACAUACGAAGAAGCUGUGGAAAAGUUUAAUGAUUACAAACAAUACGCUGAUGUUGAAGGAGCACAAGCACUCUUUGGUGGAUGGACGGGGGUUGAUCUUGGAAAAUAUGACUGGGAUCAAGAAUUGGACCAAGUGGAGAGUAACGCAGUGCGUAGUUUUGCUGAAAUGAUGAUCAAACCAUUCCCUGGCGACCCACACAACAUCAAGAAGACUAGAGGAUACAUUGCUGAUAAACUUUCCCUUGGUGGGUCAGGUGUCUUGUUUAUUGGAUCUCCAACUGAUGUAGCUGAUGAAAUUGAAAAUUGGGUUGAUGUAGCUGGUGUCGAUGGGUUCAACUUCACCUAUGCAAUUACACCAGGCUCAUUUGAAGACAUUGUUGAGUUGUUGAUUCCAGAGUUGCAAAGACGAGGAUUGGUUUGGCAGGAUUAUCCAAAAGAAGGGUUGACGUUUAGGGAGAAUUUGUAUGGAAUUGAUAGAGCGGAUCCUACUUUUUUGAAACCUGACCAUCCUGCUUUCAAUUUAAGAUGGAGAGAGGGGGAAAGUCGGGAGGAGUUUGAAGCUAAAUUGGAAAAGACUUUGAAGGAGAAGUUUGCUAAGGAAGGGUAA